AUGGUUUUCUGUUGUGCGCCAUUUUGAGUGAAUUGUUGGGAACGUUGUAUUUGUUCUGGCGCAGGCGUACGCGGUCCAACCUAAACAUCUCAGUGAACCAGCGUUUUGACGAACACAAAGCCAUUUUAGCUUAUUGGAAAUGGCCACGGGAGCAAAUGCAACUCCUCUGGGGAAGUUGCACCCAAGUAUCGGCGCUAAACGAGGAUUUGAAGCCGGGCCUGGUACAGGAGGAGGAGGCAACGGGCUGAUGCCGACACCGGGACCUCCGGUUUCCCUUCCUCCUCUACAAAGUUACCAGCCCCCAAUGCCAAAUUCACCUUUUGUUCCACAGCUCCAGUUCAACCCGGGCUUUUCGAGCCAGAUUCAACAGUCCAUGGUCGGGUCCGGGAUGAUGUCUCACGAUUAUGGCCUGAAGAAAUCCAGGAAAAAGAGUCGCUGGAGCAGCGAGACACCUGAUCAGAAGACUGUUAUACCGGGGAUGCCCACCGUUAUUCCCCCUGGACUCUCACGAGAUCAAGAGCGAGCAUAUAUAGUCCAACUGCAGAUUGAAGACCUGACUCGUAAACUGCGUACAGGAGACCUGGGAAUCCCUGUUAACCCUGAGGACAGGUCUCCCUCUCCGGAGCCCAUCUAUAACAGCGAGGGCAAAAGGCUAAACACCCGCGAGUAUCGCACCCGAAAGAAGAUUGAAGAGGAGCGUCACUCCCUUAUCACAGAAAUGAUAGCCCUCAACCCUGACUUCAAGCCUCCUGCAGACUACAAGCCUCCAGCCACCAGAGUCAGUGACAAAGUUAUGAUUCCUCAAGAUGAAUACCCUGAAAUCAACUUUGUUGGUCUGCUGAUCGGACCACGUGGUAAUACGUUGAAGAACAUAGAGAAAGAAUGCUGUGCUAAGAUCAUGAUUCGAGGAAAAGGUUCUGUGAAAGAAGGGAAGGUGGGUCGAAAAGACGGACAGAUGCUGCCGGGCGAAGAUGAGCCUCUGCAUGCGCUGGUCACUGCCAACACGAUGGAUAAUGUCAAGAAAGCUGUGGAGCAGAUUCGUAACAUCCUGAAGCAGGGCAUCGAGACGCCAGAGGAUCAGAACGACCUACGGAAGAUGCAGCUGAGGGAACUGGCCAGACUCAACGGCACCUUGAGGGAGGACGACAACAGGAUCCUUCGUCCCUGGCAGAACACUGAGCCACGCAGCAUCACCAACACCACCCUCUGUACCAAAUGUGGUGGAGCAGGCCACAUUUCCUCUGACUGCAAGUACACCAGCACGUUCUCUGCCCAGAGAGCCCCAGGUGCUGAACCCCCUCAGUCAGCACAAGACAAGGCUCGAAUGGAUAAGGAGUAUCUGUCCCUCAUGGCUGAGCUGGGGGAGGCCCCAAUUCCAUCUGGCGGGGGACACGUUGGGACUCAAGGAGGCGCUCCUCGAGCCUCUGGCCCGAACAGCAACCAGCCCCCACCGAACCGACCCCCCUGGAUGAGCUCUGGACCGACAGAGAACAGGAGCUUCCAGGGCAUGCAUGGAGGACCCACAGGCCCUGGAGGACCUCACAACUUUCCUCCUCCCAUGCCCAGCAUGGGUGGACCACCUAUGCCCCCUAACCCUAAUGGCCUGCCUCCACCUUGGAUGCAGCCCCCUCCACCUCCUAUGGGCCAGGGACCUGGACCACAUGGACACCCAAUGAAUCUGCUGCCCCCUCCAAUGAGCAUGAUGCCACCUCCACCUCCUCCACCCAGCAGCCAGCCCCCUCCUCCCCCCUCUGCUCCUCUUCCACCAUGGCAACAACAGGCUCCACCCCCACCACCGGCCAGCAGCAUGGCAACCAGCACGGCUCUACCCUGGCAACAAAAUACCACCACCACCACCUCCACCCCGGCCACAGCAACCCUGCCCCCGUGGCAGCAGCCCGCAGCCUCUGCCGCCCAGCCCCCGCUGCCCAUGGGAACCCCGUCCAUGGUACCGCCUCCUCCAGGCGUCCAGCCCCCGCUGCCUCCUGGUGCCCCCCCACCUCCCCCUCCGCCGCCUCCAGGCUCAGCUGGCAUGAUGUAUGCCCCGCCCCCACCACCCAUGGACCCUUCUAACUUUGUCAUGUUGAAUAUGGGGGUACCUGGCAUGCCACCGUUCAGCAUGCCUCCUGCCCCCCCUCCACCUCCCCCACAGAAUUAAUGCUGCCCCAGAAGUUCCCAGCAGAGCGUCGUCCAGCAGCUGUGUGCUCACAGACAGGAAGUCUGAGCAGAGCUGUGGUUUGAUUAGUCCACAUUCUUAUUGUUUCUGUUUUUAAAGUUGUGACUAACACACAGUCUGUGGGUAAAAACAUCUACCACUGCUUUUGAUCACAUGUCAGCCUUGCAGUUAUUUGUCAUGGUUCUUGUAAAUUUAAUAAAUCACUUCAUGAUUGAACUCUGAGUUUAAUGUCUGUAAUAAUUUGAUGAUUCAGACGUUAAACCUUUGACUGGGUCUGAGCUUGCAUGCUCCACGUUUAAUGCCUCCAGUUCUUUGAAGUGACAAAUUUAUACUUUUUUUUUUGUCUUAGCUUUGAGCUGAAUAUGAAAUAUUUUUGUAAUAAAUGUAUGCUAGUUCUGUAAAAUGUUAGUUCUGAGAUUGGUUCUUAUAAAAUUAGUAAAACUGGAGUUUUUCUUUUCGUUGCUGGCCUGAGUUUGGAAAAUGUUGAGGCCCGUGCAGUCUCUGUGUGGCCUCUGCAGGUGCAGCUGUUGGACAGAUGUUCAUGUUUUAGUAUGUUGUCUUGGCCUGAAUGAAGAGCUGUUGGUUAUUAAACGUAUCCAGUUCACCUUCUUGUCA